GCAUCAGUUCACUCUGUCAUCGACACUCGCAGCGCUUGUUCUCGCCCUCCUGUGCUCACAAUCAGACGCCCAACAUGUCUUCUCUAUGGAAUGCGUUUACCGGAGGCAACAAGCCCGCCCAGCAGCAGCAGCAGCAACACCAGACCUUCUCCGAUGCUGCCCCUCCUACCACCAACCUCUAUGACCCGACCCAGGGUGCGGGCGUCGAGUCUUUUCUGCAGAGCUCGGCCUUUGCGGAUCCUUCACAAUUGCACCCGCUGGCUGGACUGAACAGGGACACUCUGGAAUACCUCACACUCGAAGACUCAACGCUGUCCGACCUGCCGGGCGGCCAAUCCGUCCUGCCGUCUCGAGGAUUCACCGAUGACCUCUGCUACGGUACCGGUAUCACAUACCUGACGGCGCUGUCUAUAGGAGGUGCAUGGGGUUUCCAGGAGGGUCUGCGGAAAUCAACCGGUCAGCCCCCCAAGCUGCGACUCAAUGCCGUGCUCAACGCCAUGACGAGGCGGGGUCCAUUCUUGGGCAACAAUGCGGGAGUUGUCGCCAUCACAUACAACUGCAUCAACUCGCUGAUUGGCUACCUGCGCGGCGAGCACGACGCUUUCAACACAGUUGCUGCUGGUGCGCUCAGCGGUAUGGUCUUCAAGAGCACCAAGGGUGUUCGGCCAAUGAUGAUUUCUGGCGGUCUGGUGGCCUCCGCAGCCGGCGCUUGGGCGAUUGUACGACGAUCCUUCUUCUCCGUCCCCGAGCCCCAUGCCGAGCACGCCACCUUGUAAUAAUAUAGCAAACACAAACAACCUAUAACGAAUACCAUAUAAAGAAGAAGACUCUUCUGACGACACACGAACCACUACUUAAUCUACCACAUACGGGUGGCCCAAAAAAUGGCUUUUAAGAUGAAAAAAAAAAGACACUGAGCUGGAGGAGGCAUGGGAAUUAUUAAAACAGAAAAUUCAGGGAGCGCCUCCUCCGGGCCAGUGCCAGAUGUGUCGUGGGAGUUUGGACUGAAAGAAAAAAAAAACACAUCUGUAUGGUGGUGAUAGAUGAUCUCUCCUCCCCAAAGUGAACUGUACAUUAUAUCGGGUAACCGGUCAGCGAAGCAUUUAGACCUUAUAGGCUCGGGGGCGUCUGGUCAUGAAUUUCAAAGUUUGGAUUCAAAACGAGUGUGUCUGGACAGAUGUGUAUGAUGGUGGAAUUUGAACAAAUUUAUGGCAAGAAAUUGUGCUU